AUGAGAUCCUCAUCCAGCCAAGGGCAGGACAUCAGUCCCGCUCGCCCCUCACGACCUCCCGCUAAAGCCUGGUCCUCCACUCCCCCCACAAAAUCAGCAUGGUCCUCUCCCGACCCCUCCUCCUCGUCCUCAACACCAUCGUCAGGAUUCCCCGCUCUAUCUUCCAACCCCUCGCGCAGACGUGAUCGUUCAAAUCCCUGGUCUCCCGCUCCUCGUCAAUCCUACCCCUCACGCCUUCAAGAGAUCCAGACGCGCGCCCUCGCCCGCCAGCAGGCGGAGCAAGAAGAUCUGGCCAAGCUCAUGGCUGAGACUGGUCUCUUGCCUAGCUCUUCGUCAGGCCCGGAUAUCACUACGCUACGAGACCUUGAGAAGAGCGCGGCCGAGGGACUCCAGCAGGGAGAAGAUGAAGACUUCUACCGCGGGCCGGUGCAGAUGUACGGGAUGAGUAGGGUCAUCGUGCGUGACUUGAGUGAGGCGGGAUUGAAGGGAAAGAACAGGGUCAAGGCGAGGGAGGUGAUUGGCGGUGGGACUGAUUUCAUCUAUGAGAGACAUGAGCCGCAGCGAGGGACGCCGAAGAGGACUCAGCAAGGGAGUGGUCGCGUCCUCAGAGCUGGCAGGGAGGGACAAGCUACCGCUCCCUCAACUCCACGAUACGGAUCCACGACCAGCAUGGACCUACCGGAGGUCAUCGCAGCCUACCACCGUUCGACUCGGCUGCAAGCUGUACAGCGCAGAGAGAAUGGCUCCUCGUCCUCUUCCAGCCAGGCUCUCGACCCCCUUGCGCCCGUCAUCGAAAAAUUCCAGUACGACCUCAGCAGCAGCCCGAUGCUUCUGUCCGCACACUGGACGCUCUCACCUGCUGCAGCACUUUCGACCUGGCCUGAAGAAGUGGCUCAGACAUGCCGCGACAUCAUCGCUUCUACCCUGGUCUCGUUGGCUAACGAGCAUACCCCUCCCGCUCUUUGGAGGCUGCUGCAACUUUGCUUGGAUCUGCGGUUCGAUCAAGGCGAGGAAAGAAGAGGCAGUGAUGCUUGGCAAGAGAUACUACGUGCCCUAAACGAUGCUGGUGAUGAUGCAGCACCAUCACAUUUGGAUGACGAUACGGCCUGCACUUUAGCUGCUGGCUUGCUCGAGCCGCUCAACGCUCUAAUCAAGCAGCAUCGCGUCUCUACUCCAUCUCCUACUCUCACCCAUCUGGCCCACACUUUUCAUCUUCUGCACCUAGGCUUUCCUCAUCUACCGCCAUCAAUAUUCCAGGCCACCUCCCUGGACGACCCCACCUUCAAACCAACCUCCCGUUACGAGCUCCUGCCCGGUCUCCCCGCUCGGACAUACUCCUUCCUCCUCCCCCUCAGCACAAAGCUGCGCCUCCUCUCCCAAGAAGCCGACCGUAUAGCAUCUCAAGCCCGGCGGGAGAGGUUAUGGUCUUCCUUCUAUCGGCCUGAGGCGCAAGAGGGGCAAGGAGAUCGUAAUGCGCCACCUUGCCUGCGAGUACGACGCUCCCACCUGCUGGAGGAUACGCUUGUUGCCAUGGGCAGAAAGGAUAGCGCGCUGCUUUGGCAGCAUGGACCGCACUUUGCCGUGCACUUCGAGGGCGAAGAAGGGGUCGACUCGGUGUUGGGCGGGCUUAGGCGGGAGUGGUUGAGCUUGCUCACUGCUGCCCUACUGAGUGAAGGCACCGUGCGUGAGGCCGAAGAGGGCCAAGGGAAUCUAGUCUUUGCGGAGGAGGCCAUAGUGGAGCAUGCCAGGCUGCUUGGCCUGGUGGUGGGCAUAGCGCUUCUGCUCGGCAUUGGAGUCGGGGUGAGACUGGCGGAGAGCGUGGCAAAAUGGCUGCUGGAUGAUGUCGACGAAAAUGGAGCGCUGGACGAUCUUGCCACCACGUAUCCGACUCUGGCUCGCAGCCUCCGCAGUAUCCUUGCCUGGCGACCAGACGACACAGACACGGAUCCUGAGCGCACCUUCGAUCAGACUUUCUCCCUCAACUGGACUGUCACUUCUCCCGACGGCUCGACACGCCCCCUCAUAUCAGGCGGACAACAUCGUCCGGUCACUCUGGCCAACCGACACGAGUACGCGCUCGCCAUAGCGCAGCAUCAUCUCUACGGCUGCAUACGCGCGCAGUUGGAGGCUGUACAGGAAGGCUUUGCGAUGGCGUGGCCGAAGGAGGGAAGGGAGUGGCUGCGCAACUGGCUCGGUGCUGGACAAAUGGCAUCCAUUGUUGAUGGGCCCGGAAAGGCCGUCGACGUCGAGCUGCUCAAGCGUACGGUGCAGGUCCUGAAUGCGCAGCGAGCUGAUGAGCCCUUGCUGAUGACGUGGUGGGAAGCGGUUGCCCACCUUGCGGCAGAAGACUCGACCUUCACAUGCCGACUUCUGGCGUUCAUUACCUCCUCCCCUCGCCUACCCUUGGGCUUCCUGGCCGCUCAGGGAAGACCACCAGCUCCCUUCGCCAUACAUCUGGUCGAUCUGCGAGAUGGCGAGUCGGCGCCUCUUCCCUGGGCUUCAACCUGUACGGCGACCCUCUUCUUGCCGCGAUGUUAUGCGGAUGUUAGGGUGAAGGUGAUGGCGGAGCGAUUGAAGAAGAGUGUUGAGCUUGGUGGGGAAGGAUUUGGGUUGAAGUAG